AGUCACUGCUUUAUGUGAAGUACCAGCUGGUGCCACCGUCUCCCAGUCCUCCAUACUUGGUUGUGUGCAUCCGAAAUCGGGAAAUGGACACGACAUUAAAACACAAAUCCAUAAAUGCUGUGCUUGCCUGUGUGCUUGUGUCAUUCUUUCACAAAAUCUGCUUUGCUGAUAAAAUUUGUACAGUCCUAUCAGAGCCUGUCAUAAUUAAAGAGAACAACACAGCCGACACUGUUCUUGUCCGUAUUAACACCAUGGCAAAGGAUGUCACGCUGAAUAUCACAGAGAAUCCUGGGAAUGUAUUUUAUCUGAAAGGUUUAGACCUGAUGGUAAAGAAAGGCCUGGACUUUGAAACUCUUUUAGGUCCUGAAGAACUAACUGUUCAAGUUCGAUGUAAUAAAACUGGCUUCAGAAGUACUACUCUGACCGUGCUUGUUCGCGUUGAGAAUAUCAAUGACAACCCUCCUACAUUUGACAAGAGCGAGUAUACACUUGAUGUAAAUGAGCUUACACCAGUUAAUUCUAGCAUUGGUACAAUUGAAGCCACAGAUGAAGAUUCAGAGGUUCUGUAUUACACGAUGGAACCAACAGUGAACAGGUACUUUCGACUGGAGUCCAUGUAUACCCCCAAAAUCCUCGUGAACAAAGUUUUAGAUUAUGAUGUCGUCCAACAGGUCAAACUGAUAUUGUAUGUUCAGGAUACUCCACCUCCUGGACAUCCGGGUGAAUUGUCUUUCACAGCCUCGGCGACCAUCAUCAUCAAUAUAAAAGACACCGACAACCGUCCUCCAUGGUUUCAGCCAUGUACAAGGGUAACUCUUGGUAACGCCAAACUCUGCCUAAGUUUGGGCUACAAAGGAAGAGUCAAUUUAACAGAGAAACAGGACGGAGCCCUGCAGUUGCAGCCGGGUCCGGUGUAUGCCAGAGAUGGAGAUAAAAGCAGAAAUGAAGAGAUAAGCUAUAAAAUAGUUAAAGGAAAUGAAGACAAUAUGUUUCAGAUUGAUGAAAACUCUGGCAACAUCACCAUGUUGAAGCCGGCAGAUGUAGCCGGUCCCAUAUCGCUCUUAGUAUUGGCCUCCCAGGUAUCAAACAGAGACCAGUUUGCCACCACUACAGUCACCAUUGACGUCAAGAAAAAGAGCAGAAAUCCUCCACGGUUUGAGAAGGAACGAUAUGAAGCGUAUGUUUACAGUAAUUCAGGCCCUGAAAACAUGGUGCUACGGGACCGGACAUCAAACAGACCCUUCAGAAUCCGAGCGAGGGAUGAAGAUUUCGCAGGUGGAAUCAAUCCUGAUGUUAGAUAUGAAGUCCAAUAUAGCAGCUAUGUUAAUAUCACAACAGACGGGUUUUUACUUCUCAAGAAAGCAGUUCGCACAGAUUCCUUUGCUUUGCAGCUUCGGGCGGUUGAUGUGUCCACUGGUGAGUCGGGGACAUCCACACUUUCUGUGGUUGUGUUACCAUCGGUGGGGGUCCAGUCGACCGAAGAGACUUACCGCGCCGGAGACAUGGCUCUGCUGGGUUUCGUGAUGGCCGCUCUGCUGGUGCUGUGCCUCAUCGUGAUUGGCUAUCUCAUAUCCCGCGUCAAGAAGGGGAAUCCUGACGCGUUCAAGUUGUCUGAGUGUUUAGGGCCAUUCUUGAAGUAUACUCAGCCCCCUAACAGGCCAAGGCCAAGAGAUAGCAUGCAGUUCACCAAUGAUGGUUUCUUAAAUGAAGGGGACACGGGGAGAUCCAGGUCCAGACGUGCCGAAAUGAGAGAUCGGAGACCGGAUCCGGCUCAGACGGGCAGUGUGCGAGCGAUACCUCGCGAGAGACAGAGGCACUGUAGCUCCUGCGGUGUCCAGGUACAUGGCAACCACAAACACCACAGCAGCCCUGCUGUUCAGUCCAGAGCAAGGCAGAGUAAAAAUAAGGUCACGUCUAUUCUGGCUAAAGAGAGGAGGAGAGACGACAGACAAAAGACAGUGUGGUUUAAGGAGAGCGAGGAUUCUUCUGAUAUCGAGGUGGAGAUCAUUCCAGACAAUAUUGGAUUUAAGUCUGAAAAGGACGGGGAGAAGGCAGAGGCGGAUUUCACUUCCCCGCCGUCGGAAGACGGUGAAAUGGAAUUGGGGGAAAUAACUACGUUGAAUACACAGGACUUGAGUAGCAGGGAAAGGGCUAUUUCUGAUAGCAGAGAUGGACUGAACACAGAAAAACAAGAUCAGUGAAGAUCAGAGAACCUGCGGCCACAAACGAGAUUCCUCUGAUCUUCAGAGACUCCAGUCUUCGGUUCGGCUGAAGUGUCUUAAGAAAUAGUCAUCAUUUGUGGCAAAACACUGAUACUUACGUGUCCAGUUUUAGGCUAUAGACUGAUUUCACUCCGCUGCCAUGUUGAAAUCGAAAGCCAGCCAGAGGUGGGAAGAAAACUGCAAUGGUUUGGACUACCAUCGAGUGUCUGUGACAUGAAUGAACAAAUGAUGGUUUAAAAAUAACAUUAGAUUGGCUGUGUGUCCACUAUUGAAACCCGUUUAUGGCAGUUUAAACAGUCACUAAUAUGUGAUGGUACGGCUAAAGUGGCCAAGUAAAACAGCUCGUGUGACAUGCAUCCUAUGCUUAUAUUUUCACAUUGAAGAUCAUUAUCGGUCUAUCUGUGCUUCCGGUUUUCUUCCCACCUCAGCCUCGCUUUCGAUUUCAACAUGGCGGCGGCGUGAAAUCAGUCUGUUGAGAAGAAUGAGGUCAUUCUGAUGUCUUUUUCAUUGUUUGAUGUGUGCUGCACUAAUAUGCAAAUAUAUGUUGACUUUUUGUGUUUUAACUUAUUUUUUAUGAACUGUAAUUGAAGGAAACAAUAUUUAACAUUUAAUGUUGGCAUACUGCUCUUUUUAACGAAUGAUAAAUAAUGGAAAACAAUAUUUUAUAUGAACAUGAUGUCACUUUGUUGAAAAACGAAUAAAGAAAGUUUGAAUGUAUUUUU